AUGUCCAUCUCAAAUCCGCAUCAUUUCGCUGCUCAGCAUUGCAUUGCCAAGUUAACGGAACACAUCUCUUCACCAUUGCGCCGCGCGGCCGUCCUCGGUAAAGAAGAGCGUGCGACAAUCCACGAUGCGCUUUCGCAAUGGAGGAGUCGAACAGCCUCAGCCAGGCUUUGGUUGGCAGCUCAGUAUCCCGAUCCAGGCUCCAUUCCCCAACCAUUAAUCUUCGACAUGAGAGAGCUCGAGGAGAACAUCGAUAACCUGGCCUUUGUCGCAGCCCACAAGGCUCUCGGAAUCUUCCUAAACGUCGUCCAGGUUGUGGCCUGCAGCCAGACUAAAAUUCCCGCAAAGACUAAUGCAGGUCAGCCGCAGCAGCCGGUCUCCAGCUGGGAUCACACCGAGGCCGAUCUGCUCCAGAGACUUAAAAAACAACAUGACCUUGAUCAUUUGGGCAAAGGCAUGGAACUCUUCCGGCGUUUGGUGAUUAGAGACUACUACGGCACCACCAUCACCCAGAUCCGGAACCACGUGGAUGCCCUCCAGCUGGGAGCUUGCCAGUUGAGUCCCCACCCCGUGUCGGAAUGCCCGCGCCUGAAGCUUUUGGGCAGGACCCAACAGCAGCUGCUCAGAGACUUAGCCGACGCAGCAAAAACUCUGUGGGCGGAGUUUGCAGACCCUACCCACCUCAUGGCCCGGUAUCAGAUCGAGACAAAUAUGGACUCCAUUAUGGUCAAAGAACGUCAAUCUGAAACCUUUGAGCUGCUCAAUGGAAUGGUAGCCGAGGCGCUCGACUGCACCUGUGAUGUUAAGCUGGGCGGUGCAAACAAGAUCAGGUCCGCCAUACCCCAAUGCCCAAAGAUCCGAGUACAUGGUUGGCGUUUUCGGCUCGCUGUCCUGGUUGAACACAUGAGGACUUGUUUGCCGCUACUGCGAUUCAAACUGCGCGUGGCGCCCAACCGACUAAAGUUUGACGAAAAGAAGACAUCAGAAGCAGCCAGAACUAUGCGCACCUGGCACCGUGUUAGAGCGGCCAUCGUAGGCCGCGGAUAUCGUCAUGCGGCACUGCUGUUUGCUGUCGCAGUCCUUCUCAACGCAUCUUUCAACAUUUUUGUCGGUGGUUUCCUGGGCAAUGAUCCUGUCGCUGAUAUACGCGUUGCUCUCGCACGGCCAGACCUUCUUUGGUCUGAAAUCCUGGAGACGCCUCUGUCGUCCUAUGUCUCCUUCCAUUUACAAUUUGCCUCACUUAUAAUUGCCGCAAACCAAACCAUCUCGGGUAUCCUGACAGCUUGCAACCAAGGCUCGAGAUCGAGUGGGAUGGCAGCCAUCUCCGCACCAUUCUCCGACUUACUGAAGGUUACCUUGAUGGUUUCUGCGCUCGCGAUAGUACAACGCGUGUUUUGCCUGGCGAUGCAACUAGUCCCACUGGGCAUAACCUUUUCGGCCCUUCACGGUGGUGCUCUCAGUAAUUGGAAGCUGCUGAUAGACGAGGACCUCACGGGUCCAACGUCUGACCCGUCGCGCUAUUUCACAGCGAUUCAAAUAACUUUCAGCAUCAUCAAUGCCGCAACUCUCCUUCUUCUUCUAGUAAUGCUCGUCUCAAAGCGCCGUUUCGCCUUGCCCGUCAUGGUGUAUGCGGCGGCACGCUGCAUCUGGUACGCCGUUGGCCAUCGCUCCGUCGUCUACCUGCCGCUCGAGGCCGCCAACUUCUUCGUCGCUGUUGGGUUCGCCACCCUGGGGAUCCUGUUGCUCCUCGAGGAGUUCCUCUGGGACCCGAUGCGACUAGAAGCAAGUCGCUACCUCGGUGUCAUGAGCCGGGAUGCUGCUCUACUGGCGUACAAAAAGUCGGAGCAGCGUGCCUUGCAUCAUUGCAGAGAAUACGAUCAGUCGUGGGAUGAAAUGCAGGCCUUGCCUUCUGAGGAUCAGGCUCGGCGGCUCCCGGGAUUCUACCAAACAUAUCUUGAGAUGUUGUUAUCCAUGCUUAAUUCUUGUGGGUAUCCAUCUGCCAAAAACAAGGUUUCUCGUGGUAAUGCAAGAUGA